AAUUGGCUGAAAUGCUUUGACGUAAUAUCAGUGCGCCAGCCGAAAUAUAUUUAACCAGACAACGUUGGAUCAUCGUCGAAUAAUUAGCUGUAAAUAUUUUCAUUAUUACUACAGCUUUUUCCUGGAUAAAACAGGGAUAGCCAGCAAGUCGCUAAAAUGUCUUUAGCCGACGAACUUCUAGCGGACUUGGAGGAAGCAGGAGACGAGGGUGAAGAUGACCUGUAUCCCGGGGGUGAUGGGGGAGAGAGUGAAGGGGACGCAGGUGAAAGAGAGGGAGGAGCGGGAUUGGAGGACAUACCAGAGGAGAUGGAGGUUGACUACAGUGGGACAGAAAGCGUCACUUCAAUUGCAAAACUCCGACACAGCAAACCAUUUUCAGAGAUCAUGGACAAAGUUUCUCAAUAUGUUGGAAACCAGCGCAAAAACACUGAAGUUUCAGGUCCAGUAGAGGCAGACCCAGAGUACCGGCUGAUUGUAGCUGCCAAUAAUUUGACUGUGGAAAUUGACAAUGAACUGAAUAUCAUCCACAAGUUUGUCCGUGACAAAUAUUCUAAGAGAUUCCCAGAGCUUGAGUCCUUGGUGCCAAACUCUUUGGAUUAUAUCCGAACAGUCAAGGAACUGGGGAAUAAUCUUGACAAGUGCAAAAACAAUGAGACACUCCAGCAGAUCUUGACCAAUGCCACAAUCAUGGUGGUCAGUGUGACUGCAUCCACAACACAGGGGACGUUGCUGGGUGAGGAUGAACUGCAACGACUGGAGGAGGCUUGCGACAUGGCCCUUGAGCUGAACCAAUCUAAGCACAGGAUUUAUGAGUACGUGGAGUCCAGGAUGUCCUUCAUCGCUCCUAACCUGUCUAUUAUUGUUGGGGCCUCCACCGCGGCUAAGAUCAUGGGUAUUGCCGGGGGCCUUACCAACCUAUCAAAGAUGCCAGCCUGUAACCUGAUGCUGCUGGGGUCCCAGCGCAAGUCCCUGUCAGGCUUCAGUAGCACCUCUCUGCUGCCCCACACUGGCUACAUCUACCACUGCGAUGUUGUACAGUCACUGCCCCCAGACCUGCGGAGAAAGGCAGCCAGGCUGGUGUCGGCCAAGUGCGCCCUGGUGGCCCGAGUGGACAGCUUCCACGAGAGCGUUGAUGGGAAGGUUGGGUACGACAUGAAGGAGGAGAUCGAGCGAAAGUUUGACAAAUGGCAGGAGCCACCCCCAGUGAAGCAGGUGAAGCCCCUGCCUGCCCCCUUGGACGGACAAAGGAAGAAAAGAGGGGGACGGAGGUAUCGCAAGAUGAAGGAACGGCUGGGGCUCACGGAGAUCAGGAAACACGCUAACAGGAUGACAUUCGCAGAGAUUGAGGAUGAUGCAUACCAGGAGGAUCUGGGCUUUAGUUUGGGCCAGCUUGGUAAAUCAGGCAGUGGUCGUGUCAGGCAGGCCCAGGUCAAUGACGCCACCAAAGCCAGGAUCUCAAAGUCACUGCAGAGGACGCUGCAGAAGCAGAGCAUGGUGUACGGCGGGAAGUCGACGGUCAGGGACCGCUCGUCUGGAACCAGCUCCAGCGUGGCCUUCACCCCUCUGCAGGGUUUGGAGAUUGUGAACCCUCAGGCUGCGGAGAAGAAGGUGACGGAGGCCAAUCAGAAGUAUUUCUCCAACAUGGCCGAGUUCCUGAAGGUCAAGCGGGAGGGGGAGGGUAAGCUGUGAGGCUGCAGGCGCUAGACGCAGGACAUGCACCCCCCCCCCCCCCAAUUCGCCAACGGGGACAAAGAUGGAGGCACAGAGCUCUCCGAAGUGUGGGGGGGAAUGCCUGAAAUUGUCCUAAAUUUGUAAAAUUUGAUUAGCUUAAAUCUCUAAGUAGACAGCAAUUGUUUGUACAUGUGUUUUAGCAAUACGUUGUAUUGUACACUGUUGAAUAAAGUUUUAAUAAACUCUGAGACAAUU